UGUAAUAUUCAAAGGGCGGGACUAAAAAGAGUCAGUCGGCUCAAACGCUCUUCAUGACUUUUUCUUUUCUUUUUUAUUUUCGGCUUCGUCGAGAAAAAAACAUUUUUUUAAUUAUUGAUUUGAUGAAAUCUUGUAAAUUUGUAGCAUUAAUAAUGCGUUAGAUACGUCUCAGAUCGGUGUUCCUGUCGUUUGUCCAUCGGAUACUUGGCCAUUCUUUAUUCACAUCAUGUGGAAUUCAGUUAACGUUAUCUUUACGACAAAAUGUUGAGGAUAAUUAAGAGAAAAACAACGUUCUUUGGUCUUUUUCUGUUGUUCAUUGAUGGUGUGUUUGGUGAUGCAGAUGAAGUGAAGUCAGUGUCAGUGAUGGAGGGAGAUUCUGUCACUCUAAACACUGAUGUUACUGAAGUACAGAGAGAUGAUCAGAUACUGUGGAGGUUUGGAGAGACUCGAAUCGCUGAACUCUAUAAGAAGAACAUUGAUAUGUUUGGCAGUAAUAAGAUAUUUGGAGACAGACUCCAGAUAGACAGUCAAACUGGAUCUCUGACCAUCAGAAACAUCAGAUCUGAACACACUGGACUUUAUAAACUACAGAUCAUCAGUGACAGAGGAACUUCAAACAAGAGAUUCAAUGUUACUGUCUAUGCUCCUCUGCCUGUUCCUGACAUCACCAGUAACUGUUUAGCAUCUUCAUCAAGAUCAUCAGUGUCCAGAUGUUCAUUGUUGUGUUCAGUGUUGAAUGUGGGUCAUGUGACUCUCUCCUGGUACAAAGGAAACAGUUUAUUGUCCAGCAUCAGUGUGUCUGAUCUCAGCAUCAGUCUCUCUCUACCUCUGGAGGUGGAAUAUCAGGAUAAAAACACCUACAGCUGUGUGAUCAACAAUACCCUCGGCAACCAGACUCAACAUCUGAACAUCACUCAACUCUGUCAGACAUGUAAAGAUAGCAAUAAAUAUUCGCAGAUUUUAGCAGCAUUAAUACCUGCAGUAGUUCUGGCUGUUCUUGCAGUUGUGAUGUACUUUCUUUACAGGAAGUACAGGAGAUCAAGGCCAGAAGGAAAUUAUUGUAAACCAUCUGCACAUGCAGCUGAAACCAUUCAGACAGACCAGGACGAGGUAGUUUACACUGAAACAACAUUUGUACAAGAUGUACAAAACAAGAAGCCUAAAGGGACAGAAGAGACUGUAUACUCCACCGUCAUGAAGCACUGAUCCAACAACCAGCUUAUCAAACACUUUUGCACACCUGCAUCUGUCAGCUUUAUAACACUGGACUGAGCCGAGGAGAACCUGAAUGACCCAUUCACCACCUGUUUACCUUUUUUUCUUUUUCUUUUUUUUUGUGCAUAUUUUCAUCCCAAAAGAAGAUACUUUGAAAAAUUGGACCCUGUUUACUUUCAUUGGAUGGACAAAAACAGGGACAUUUUUGACAUAAAAAAGUCAUGCAGUUUUGGAACUAAAUACAGUAAGGGUGAGUUAAUGAUGAGUACAUAAUACUCUUUAAGUUGAUCACAUUAUAGCAGGGCCAGCCUGUCUAAAACUGAAAGAUCUGGACUGAUCCUUUUGCAUAUCCAAAUUCCCCUCCGACAAAAAUAUUUUGCAUGCAGACAUAGCAAAAGUCAUAAAGACCACAAAAAAAAAAACUGACUUUAAGUCACAACAAAUAACUUUAAUCUUGUAGAAGAGAAAUGUUGCAUGUUUAAUGCAUUGUUCUCAGAUCAGAGCCGUCUCACAUUAGGCCUCGAUUACUCUUUCUCAACUUGUCUGUAAUUGAAUUCUGCUGUAUAUCCAUGAAAUAACAAGCAGUUAUGCAGGUCCUCAGGGUAAUUUUGCUUGUGCAAAUCUGCAAAACUCCAGCCCAACCUCUGCUAUCGUUCCAGUAAUCGUUACCUGUCUGUCCUGUAUCAUAGCACAGCAAGUCAUUACAUGUCUCGUCAUACAACAUCGCUUGACACUCACAGGUUUUUCAUGUGGUGAAUUUCUAUAUCCAAAGCUCAAAAUUCCUGUUACUAGCCUACUGGUUAUUUCCAGAUUAAAUGGGCAUGUAUUUCUAAUCUGUGAAUUGAAAUUGAUGUUGAACCACAAAUUACAGCAGGUGUACAGGUCAAUAAAAUUUCAUACUUGUAGAUCUUAUCUUGAUAACAGUAUUUUAUAAAUAUGUUGGCUCCUUUCAUGCUGCUAGACAUGAGGGUGAGUAAGUGAUUUUGUAAAUGGCUUUUUUUUUUAAAAAACUUGCUUGUUUAUCCUCAUUUGUAAAUCGCACUGGCAUGUUUUUCUAUUGUUUUAAAGGGGUUUAUAAAGGGGUUAUUUAAAUAUUUUUUAGACUACAAAGAAGCACGUCUGCAAUGAUUUAUUUACUUUGUAAGUGCCCACAUCCCACGAUUCUGAUUGAACAAUUAUGAGUUAUUGCCACCUAGUGUCCACAGAAGAGAAUGGCGUCAGCGAGGUUGUGAUGGUGGCUUUUUUCUUCUGUAUCUGACGUAAUAAACGAGUAGAGCAACAGCGGUGACACCCACCAGAGCAUAAAUCAGCGAUGGAGUCACACCUUCAGAAUGAAUGUAGGAGUCUGAGGAAAGAAAAGACCAACAUUAUGAAUACUCUUUUUAUCAAAUGACUGCAUGUCUUCUACUCAUUAAAGAAAUAAAGAGAAAUCAAACACA